AGUAUAUAUAGAUACAUACAUUUAAUAUAUUCGUUUUUCGAUACACGACACAAUGAUGUAGGGUCCAGCAGAACUUAUGCCGGCUACUCGUUUUAGCGCUGUGCAAUUUUUGUAGCUUAAUGUAAAAAUUCGUUUCCUAUGAUAGAACAAAUUUGAGGUGAAUUGAUUUGUACUUCAUUGAGAUGAUUUAUGAGUGGUGUAAAUCGUGUGCGCGCUGAUACUCCUUCAUACUUAUUAAACGCGCAUUUUGUGCAAAUUUUUCAGCGGGGAUGACUGGAAGGAGAUCGGGACCUUCUGAUUCAUGUGUCGAACUAUUGUUUAUCCCAAUAUUUCUAACCUCUGAAUCGUCAAGCGAGUAGUUAAUUAUUUUCUCGAUUUAUGUUUAACAUGAACAGAAAUUGGAAACAAGCUACAAAAGAAGUUCCGAAAUCUCCUGUUCUCUUCGAUGAUGACGACUUGGAUGCUUCAUCAUCCGAUGAAAUUAAGGUCAUAAAAUCUGGUGGAUUGCAAACCCAAGCUGGCCAUAGUACUCCAAUACAAAACAGACUGAACAAGCCAGACUCUGAAUCGCCAGAUUUACAUUAUAAUGACAGCCCAAUUGAACCACUUACUCAACACCCUCCAAAUGAAGUUGGUUGGGAUUAUAACAGACCCAAAGAUGAUGAUAACAGUCCAGAUUCUAAGGAUAUCAGUCAAACACCAAAAAGAAGUUUUCUUUUGGCCAAAAAAAGAAAUUCCAAUUCUCCACUCAUACAUAAGCCCAUGAAAAAACUAAUGCAAGAAGAACAAAAAGUUUACAUUGCAGAUUUUGUAGCUCAAUUACAAGCGAUUCAAAGUAAUGUUAAAACUGUUGAAACAAAGUGUAAUGAAACACCAUCUGCAGUUGAUGAUGCAGAAAGUCAAUUAAUUAUAGAAACACAUUCACAACCAUCAGAUGACUCAAUUCGUUUACAGCUACAGGUUUCAGCAAUAGAGUCUCCCAAAAAUGUUGAUAAAUCUCCAGAAUUAUGUAAAGGAAUUAGAAAAAAUUUACACAGUGAUUUGUGUGAUGACUCAAUGGAAGAUAUGAUGGUUAUAUGUAGCCAACAGAUAGAAGAAAAGGAAUUUGGACAAGAAAAAAAUUGUGUUUCUAAACAAUCUGGUCACAGCAGUGAGCGGAUUAAUAGUAGUAAUUCAUCAUUACUUAAAAAUGUUAGUAGUAAAACAGAUUCAAAAUCUUUGGAACUACCAGAUGAUUCUUUUGAUAAUAUAUUCUUAGAAAUUAAUGAUGAAGAUAUUAUAAAAUCCAAGGAAACCAAGCCAGAAAUAAAUGUAAUUGAUACUUCGAAUAAAACACUGAGUAAAAGCUCUAACUCGACUGUAAAUUCUGCUACAUCAUCAAAAGUUGGUACCACAAACAAAUUUUUUGUAUCUAAAAAUUUGGAAAAUGUUGAAACAUCCAAAACAAAAACAACAAGCAUUUACAGUUAUUCAAAACAUAAAACAACAAGUAAGGUUGUUGUUCAAGACAAAAUAUGUAAUGCAAAUGCAAGUUUUGGAUAUUUGAACAAAAACACAAUUCAUAAAAAUAAUUCAGAUUCUAUUUCAAAAUCUCCAAAUACUUUUGAUCAUGACAAUAAUGGAAAACCAAAAGAAUCAAAAAUUUUCAAAGCCAAGAGCUUUACAUAUUACGAUUUACAAAGCAAUAAAAAUAGUUUUAUGCAACAGGAUGAGAAAAUACCUAGGCAACAUAGCAUGUCAUCAAAUAUAUCUAAUUACACUAGGUCGGAUACAAAUAACUCAAAUUCCAGUUACCAGGAUAAUAGAGCAUGGAGGAGAACCCAGUCUGGAUCAUCAAUUAUGUCAAGACAAAGUGGAGUUUCUCAAACAUUAUCAACUCCAGAAGAAAUUGAAAGAAAGCGCCAAGAAGCAAUAAUGAAAAGAAAAGCAAAAUUAGCUUCUCAAAGUCUUUCAAAUAUCGGAAAAUCAAAUAAAAAAUGAAAAAUUUAAGGCUACUGUUAAAGAACUGUUAAAAAUUAAGCUAAUUAGUAAAAAUGCUGAGACAUAAGUCAUUGGAGAAAGACAAAUGAUUUACUUUAUCCUAUGCCUCUAUGUUGAGUAGAGAGUGUAUUAUAUGUAUUUUUUAUUGUUAAUUA